UCUUUGUGGACAAGAAGUCUUCAAUCUUUAUGAUCUCUUUAUGAUCUCUUUAUGAUCUGAUGGUCCUCAAGUGGUAUUGGAACCUGUUCUCACAUGGUCUCCAUUUAGUGGCUGAUCACUUUUGUGCGUGGGGAACUUUCCAUAUUUUUAUUACAAAAGAAUACUAAAUAAUAUGUGCCAAAAAAUACUGCUGUUCAAAAUGACUCUAGUCUUAUAUAAGGUAUAUAAAUCUGCCUCUGGAUCAGAGAGAUGGUCCCAAUUUGAUAAAGAUCUACACAUGAUGGAAUAAAGUGUGCAUGUUCUAUGUGCAUAGUGUGCAAAUACAAAGUACAUCACGAGUCGAUCAAGAAUCGAUACCGGUGAAUCGAUUCUCCCGACUCGCUUUCCAAGAGUCACUCAUAAAGAGCCGACUCGUUCCCUGGUCCUUCACUCAUACAGUAGUGAGAAGGUGGUGAAGGAGAGAAGGUGGAUGAGCGACCGCGCUAGUGAUCUCACCGUAACAUGGGAAAGUUGGAGAAGGCGUUUCUGGACGUUCACACUCGGCUGUCUUUUCACCAGAUUUUUAUUUUUGAGUCAAUUGAAAAAUCAGGUCUGGAUGCUGGUGCGCUCAGCGCGCUUUGAACUGGGAGCGCAAUUGGGUAGUUUUGGCUUCCAGGCGAUUAUUAUAAGUGGGUUGUGUAGAAGCUGAAAACCAGAACAUUAUUAGAUCUGCAAUGCAUCUCAGCUUGUCCCAUGACAGAGACACAUCGGAGGGAAACUCCUGUGGCGCAGAGAGCUGAGGCGCUCGGACUCCCGGCACUUCGCGCAACACCCACACUUUCUAAAAAAAAAAAAAAAAAAUUUAUUCGCAACUUUUUUUUCCUUUUUGUUUAGUGUCGGUGUUAGACAUGCGGGAAAGAGAGGUGUGUGCGGGAAAGCUGUAAAUUAAACCCGAAAGACGGAGCGCAGGGAGAGACGCCGGAAACGCUCAGCCGGAUCUUGCCCUAACUUGUUCGGCGGCACGAUGUCUGCGCUGCGGAAGAAAUUCGGGGACGAUUUCCAGGUGGCGACGACGUCGUCGAGCGGCGGCGCGCUGAAGCCCGAGAAGAAGAGGAAGCGCCAGCGCUUCGUGGACAAGAACGGCCGCUGCAACGUGCAGCACGGCAACCUGGGCGGCGAGACGAGCCGCUACCUCUCGGACCUCUUCACCACGCUGGUGGACCUCAAGUGGCGCUGGAACCUGUUCAUUUUCGUGCUUACGUACACGGUCGCGUGGCUCUUCAUGGCCUUUAUGUGGUGGCUGAUCGCCUUCGUGCGCGGCGACCUGGAGCGCGCGCGCGACGAGAAGUACACGCCGUGCGUGGCCAACGUGCACAACUUUCCGUCCGCCUUCCUCUUCUUCAUCGAGACCGAGGCCACUAUCGGCUACGGCUACCGCUACAUCACCGACAAGUGCCCAGAAGGCAUCAUCCUCUUCCUCUUCCAGUCCAUCCUGGGCUCCAUCGUCGACGCCUUUCUCAUCGGCUGCAUGUUCAUCAAGAUGUCGCAGCCGAAAAAGCGCGCCGAGACGCUCAUGUUCAGCGAGCACGCGGUCAUCUCGAUGCGCGACGGCAAGCUCACGCUCAUGUUCCGCGUGGGCAACCUGCGCAACAGUCACAUGGUGUCUGCGCAGAUCCGUUGCAAACUUCUCAAAUCUCGACAAACUCCCGAGGGUGAAUUCCUGCCCCUGGACCAGCUGGAGCUGGACGUCGGCUUCAGUACCGGAGCCGAUCAGCUCUUUCUUGUGUCGCCUCUCACCAUCUGCCAUGUAAUUGACUCGAAGAGCCCGUUCUAUGACCUCUCUUUGCGCUCCAUGCAGACGGAGCAAUUCGAGAUUGUGGUGAUCCUGGAAGGCAUUGUAGAGACAACAGGCAUGACCUGCCAGGCAAGGACAUCAUACACAGAGGAUGAGGUCCUCUGGGGUCACCGCUUUUUCCCAGUCAUCUCUCUUGAGGAGGGUUUCUUCAAGGUGGACUACUCGCAGUUCCAUGGUACGUUCGAGGUGCCCACGCCUCCACACAGCAUCAAAGAGCAGGAGGAAAGCUUGCUGCUGUCCUCGCCUCUCACCGCCCCCUCACUCUGCCACAGCACAGGAGGCCUGACCGAAGGCAGCAGCACUGCGGAUGGUCUAGAAGCCCUUCACAGUGAUGCAGAGACCGGCUCGAUCAACAUCGCCGCCCCGCUGGCCAGCACCAAGAUUCCGGCUAAAUUGCAGAAGCUUACAGGAAGGGACGGCAUGCCUCGCAAAUUGAUGCGCAUGAGCUCUGAGAUCACGUACAACCUGGGAGAGCUGCCCGUCAAACUUCAACGAAUCAGCUCGGCCCCUGGUGUAGCCGAGGACAGGCUGCCACCAAUCAGCUCACUCCUUAGUCCCAUUGAGGACAAGCUGCCCUCCAAGCUAGGUCUGAUAGGGGGCGGGCUUGACCAUAUCAGCCAAUCAGUGACAGACCUGCCACCGAAGCUCCAGCGACUGGCCGGAGGAAUAGGAGGAGUUGGGGUCGGAAUUGGAGGACGAAUGGACGGCCACCUGCCUCCCAAACUGCGAAAGAUGAACUCGGAGAGAUUCACAGGAUUAAGUCUGAAAUGAACACAGCUCGCUUUCAGGGCUUUAUUUACCUCCUUUGUAAAGCUGAACAAUAAUGUUAUAUAUGGAACAAUUUCUAUAUGAGUCUAACCUUGAUUUAAUAUUGCUUAACACAAUCUGGCAUGUUUCCCCCCCCCUACAAAGAGCAUGAAAUAAUGACACAUCUUCAACACAUUGAUCAUAAACAUAAGAUACAUUAUUAAACCUCAUUAAAGUCCACAGCUUCUAAAUGAUUCACAAAUCUUAUUAAAUGUUUAAUAUUAUGUUUAUGACGUAUCGCAGCAUACAUUUUCAAAUGUUCUCAAUGGUAUCUAUUCCUCAAUUUAUGGUUAGAAAUUCAGAAUUGGUGAUCCCUUGUAUGUUCUUUACGUCCAGUCCGAAGUUCUCCAUAUGUUACACAAUAUCACAGAUUAUUCUUUAGAAAUCAACAGGUCACCACCUUAAAACCACUUCUGAUAUAAAAAAAAAUUGCCUCAAGCUCAUGAUUACUGUAUUGCAUGUUCAAUAUCUAUUCAUAACCAAAAAAACACAUGAUCUCAAAUCUAAUAAGCCUUAACUUGUAUGAUGUUUGGUUGUUCUGAUUGUGUUUUUUCUCUGUUUGAUGUGUGACAGGGCACAUGAACGUGUGAUGUACUUUAGCCGCUGUAACAGGCUGCUUUAUCGGAUAUGAGUCUAGAGAAUAAAAUUGUGUUUGUUUUUCACAUCUAUUUUUAAAUAUUAGAUCUUCUAACCUUGUAAUGCCAUCGUUAAGGUUUUGAGUUUGAAAGUUGAAGCAAUAAUACUUCGAUUUCCAUAAUACCUUCAACUGAACAAUCAUAUCCUGUAUUAUGUUUCGGUUUCUGUACGUUAAAAACCUACUCAUAGCCAAAACCUAACAUGCACAUUAAUUGUACACUGGAAUAAAUGUACAUAAAUGUCCAUGUCUGAAUGCAGAUGGUGGAUGAUAGACAGCUUUCUGAAUGAAGGAGCUCAAACUUAAAUACUAUUUGAAGGAAUCUCUUUUUUUGCCUGUUAAUACCCUGUCAUGUUUGAAGUCAAAAUAUUAUACUUGCAUAUGGAACUGCAUGAUGCCCUUUUUAGGAUGAUGGACAGAUUUAUCUUGUGUCUUUGAAGUCACAGAUAAACUAUGGAAUUAUCAUAAAUAGGGCUGCAGCUACGAAUUAUUUUAGCAAUCGAGUAUUUUACCGAUUAGUCCAUCGAUUAAUCGAGUCAUUGGAUACAAAGUACCUUUUCUUUAUUAAAGAGCAUUACUAAAUAUACAAGAGAAAACAAGACGGGUCUCUCAAAAUGAAUAAGUAACUUGUUUCCUUUUUCCAAUUUUGUGAAAAUUUCUGUGAAAACUGAACCCAUUUAGUCCAAAUUGCCAUAAAUACAAAUUUAUAAAUAUCAUAAAUCGAUUUCAAAUUACUUUAAAAAAGGCAAACACUCUGUAAGGUGUGAAAUCAUCCCAAACUUCAGAAACUUUCUCUCAUUUUCUUUGGCCUGAAUCUUAUCCUCGCUGCUCUCUGUUUUCUCUCCGUUCCACCAUUUUUCAUUCUGCAGCGUCUUCUGUGUUACCUGUCCAGGGGUCUCGUUUAUAAACUUGCCGUACCUACAAAACGAGGUUAAAAACGUUCACUUUCCACGCAAAGGUUAUAAAAUUACAAACCUGAUGGGAGAAAGUGCGCACCUGUAAGUAAACUCUGAGCCCUGCGUACGCACAACGAGGAAACACAGAAGGCGAGAAGGGGAAUUGGCGACACAAAACCUUUGCGCGGAAAGUGGAGUUCACACGUUUCCAGCCCUGUUUUGUGCAUACGCCACGUUUAUAAAUGAGACCCCAGAAUGGUUCAGUUUAUCCGUUGGUGCGCUAGUAAUAAAGGUCGGUGGGGAAACACAGUGCUCCUGGUGUAGUUAAAUGGACUAAACGAAGUAUAGUAAAAAACAAUUUGCCUCAAUGCUUUUUUGUAUUCAAUUUACUCGAGUUACUCGAGGAAUCUUUUCAGCCAUAAUCAUAAAUUACUCAUUUAAUCAUUAAUCUGACACAUUCUUUAAAUGAAUAGAUUUUAAUGAGAACUUUAUUCAGACAUUGUUUAUUAUGACUAACAACAUUACUGUAUAUCAUUUUAUUCAUAAAGCUGUUUAUAUUCACUGUCACCUCUUUAUGUAAAAAAAAAACAAACAAUUCAGAUCGCAACCCAAGCUUCACGUCGGCACUAUUAUAAUUUAGUUUUGAAUUAUUUAACAGCCUUGUUUUAAUAUUUUAAAAACUCUAUGGCUGAACAUUACUCAUAAUAAGACUCACAGAAAAAACAUAUCUCAUAAACCCAUAUUUUAUUCACAAUAUAAAAGAGAAAACAUUAAAUGUUUAAACGUAGAAAAUGUACUAUUUUAAUGAAAAACAAAUAAAGGUGAUUUUCAAUUUGAUGGCUAAAACACACAUUAAAAUGUUAGGACAGA